CCCAUUCCCGUUUCUCCGUUCCGUUCCGUUCCGUUCCGUCCACAUCAAACUCACUCACGCCCGACAAAUAUUACACUUACCUGAAAAGUUUUAUCAAAAUUAAAACAGAAAAUAACCCCCUCAAAAUCAAAAUCAACAAUUCCAAUGUUGAAACAAACAAACGUUACGCAAUAGCGCAUCCCCAUUGCCGUCCUUCACUUCCCUAAUCACUCUCGUAACAUCACGCGCCAUUCCCGGCGACUUCACCGAGUAAAAAUUAUAUCCUUAUGUCAUCAUCUCCGUACCCUCACUCUCCCCUACUCAUGCGCUUCACGCGCUUUCCCACUCGCCAACCGGCGAUUCCCCCUUUUUAUUAUCCCCCUUUCCCCCUUCUCUUUCUCAAAUCACCCUUUCUUCUUCCUAUUCUUCUCUUCUUAAUAAUCAAUGGGUGAAAUUACUGAAUCAUCCACACAGAUAACGGCGCCGUUUAGGCCGUUACCUUUCCGUGAGGAUUGUUGGAGUGAAGAUGCUACAUGGACUCUUGUUGAUGCUUGGGGACGGCGAUAUCUGGAAUUGAACCGUGGAAAUCUCCGUCAAAAGGAUUGGCAAGAUGUGGCAAACUCCGUUAAUGCCCUUCAUGGACAUACGAAGAAAACUCAUCGAACCGAUGUGCAGUGUAAGAAUCGGAUUGAUACGUUGAAAAAGAAGUAUAAAGCUGAAAAGGCGAAAAUCGUUGAAUCUAACGGAACCCUAACUUCAUCCUGGCCUUUCUUCCAACGGCUUGAUAUGUUAAUCGGUAACUCCGAUAAGAAAGUUACGUCCGUAACGGUUUCAACACCGCCGUUACCUAUGGGAGUGCCGUUGCCUUACCGCCGACCGAUGACAGCCAAUGCGGUGGUGACACCUGUUAUUUUGCCGCAGAAACGGCAGUUACCUGCGUUUGAUGAGUCGUAUUUUAGGAGGAAUUAUUCGGCGGUGGCGGCUGCAGCAGCGGCAGGUGGGGAAGAGGAGUAUGAUGAUGAUGAUGAUGACGUGGAGGAGGAUGAUGAUGUGGAGGUGGUUGAGGAGGAUAGUGGGAUAAGGAAGCUAGCGAAGGCGAUAGAGAGAUUUGGAGAGAUAUAUGAGAGAGUUGAAGGGAUGAAACAGAGACAAAUGGUGGAGUUGGAGAAGCAAAGGAUGCAAUUUGCUAAGGAUUUGGAAGUACAAAGGAUGCAGUUGUUUAUGGAUACACAAGUCCAGCUUGAAAAGAUUAAGCAUACUAAGCGGUCGGGGUCUGAUGAUGUCUAUAGCUAGCUCUGUGGCAAAAGAGCAAUUAAAAGAACCAGGAUUGCGAGAUUAUGGAGUAUCAUGGGGCAAUCCUGUCAGUGACUCCUUUAGCUUAUCUCCAAACUCAUGUCUAAUGAUGACCCUAUUUUAACUGAUUGAGACUUUUUUCAGCUGGAAUAGUUGGUACUUGUAGUUAAUUUUCCGUUUAUUUUAGCGGAUUUAAAAUAUAGCGUCAGCCCCUGUGUAGAAAAUUUUCUUUAUUGAAAUCAAGGGUUAUCUUUUUAGCA